AAAAUGGCGCUACCCUUGGACAUAUAUUAGCUAACCUUGUUCAAUUUCACGUCACUGCUUAUUUCAUAAAUAUACCGUAUAAUAAUGACUUCCCUAACAAUUAGCAAAACUAAAAAAAGUAGUUUAUUCCGCUAAGAUGACUUACUCGUACUGUAGAUAAUAAUUUAUAUCAAUUUAGAUGUACAGAAUAUUUAACCAGUGAUAUAUUAUUUUUCAAAAAUGUGCAUACUAAGAACUGUGUUAUUUAAUUAUAACAAUUAUACUAGUCCAAGAAACUCGUUGUUUACACUUUUAUUGAAACAAAGAAGCAAGUCAUUUGAUGUAGCAAAGAGAAGAUUUAAUUCUAAUGUCAAAGAAUGUGUACAUAACAACACCAAACCUAAGACUUUUCCAUCUAUUUUAAAAUUUGGUUUCGGUGGUUUGGGUAUCGUGACAACUUGUAUACUAAAAUCGCAUAGUUCUAUUGUAGAAUGUAAAGCAAUUAAAGUUCCAAAGGAUAGUAUUACUGACAAACAAUUAGAAUUUAAAUGGAAAAAGUUUUUACAAUAUUUAUAUCCAUAUUUAUGGCAAUUAUUGAUAGCUUUAUCUAGUGCAUUGAUUGUUGCUGUAUUAAAUAUUUGGAUUCCCCAAUGUGUGGGUGAUAUUAUAAAUGUACUAACCAAGGUUUGUCAAAAUCAAGGAACAAACACUGUGUAUCGUGUGCUUUCACAACUUACAAAGCCUGCAGUUGCAUUAGGACAUAUGUAUAUUGCGCAAGCACUGUUUACAUUUGUGUACAUCUAUACACUUUCUCAUGUGGGUGAAAGGAUAGCAAUGAAUUUAAGACAAGAUUUAUUUAAAUCAAUAAUCAUGCAAGAUAUCACGUUUUUUGAUAAAAAUCGCAGUGGUGAAAUAGUCAGUCGGUUAACUAGUGAUAUUCAAGAUUUUAAAAGCACCUUUAAGACAUGCAUAUCACAAGGCUUAAGAAGUUCCACACAAAUUAUUGGAUGUAUAGUUUCUGUAAUAGUGAUUUCACCAGAACUAACUGCUGCAAUGGUGUUUUCUAUACCAGCUAUAAUUUUUAUUGGUACCUUACUUGGAAGAAGUUUAAGACACUUAUCAAUAAAGGCUCAAGAUCAAAUUGCUAAAUCUACUGCUGUUUGUGAAGAAGCUAUACAAAACAUCAGAACGGUGAAGGCUUUUGCAGCAGAAGAGAAAGAAGUAGAAAUGUUUUCUAAAGAAGUUGAAGCAGGGUCUAACUUAUAUGAAAAAUUAGGUUUUGGAAUAGGUUUGUUCCAAGGGGGAACAAAUCUAUUUCUCAAUGGUAUUUUACUUUGUACAUUAUAUUUUGGUGGACAUUUACUGUCCACUGGACAACUGACUCCAGGGGAAUUGAUGGCAUUUUUAAUGGCCACACAAACCAUACAACGCUCUCUAUCACAAUUGUCAUUAUUAUUUGGAAAUUACGUCAGGGGUAUUAGUGCUGGUGCAAGAGUUUUUGAGUAUUUGGAUAUGCCACCUUCACCAAUGAUGGUCACUGGGGAAAUUAUUACCGACCAGUCUCCUGCAGGAAAUAUAUCUUUUAAUAAUGUAAAGUUUAGCUAUCCUACUAGGCCAGAUCAUAUUAUUUUAAAGAGCUUUACUUUAAACAUUCCUGCUGGGAAAACAGUAGCUAUUGUUGGAUCCAGCGGUAACGGUAAAUCAACGAUAGCCGCAUUACUAGAAAGAUUUUACGAUGUUGACGAGGGUUCAAUCACAAUUGACGGUAAAGAUGUUAGGUCGCUCAACGCUGGUUAUCUUCGAGGUAACGUUUUAGGUUAUAUUGACCAAGAACCUAUUUUAUUUGCUACAAGCAUUUUAGAAAAUAUAAGGUAUGGAAAACAGGAUGCCACAGAUGCAGACGUUAUUGAAGCGGCAAAAGAAGCAAAUGCACAUGAGUUUAUCAUGAAAUUCCCAAAUAAAUAUGAAACACAGGUAGGUGAAAGAGGAGCGCAACUUUCCGGUGGACAAAAGCAACGAAUUGCGAUUGCUAGAGCUUUACUCAAACGACCAUCCAUUUUGAUUUUGGACGAAGCUACUAGUGCAUUAGAUUAUAAAAGUGAAAGAAUCGUUCAAAAGGCACUGGAGGAUGCUACACGGGGCAGAACAGUAUUAGUAAUUGCUCAUAGAUUAAGUACAAUUAAAGCUGCCGACAUCAUUGUCGUAUUACAAAAAGGGGUUAUUGUAGAGAUGGGUACUCAUACAGAGUUAAUAAAGAAGGGGGGUGCAUAUUAUACUUUAGUAAACGAACAAGAAAAAGAAAAUACAUAAUUUUAGUGAAGUUCUAAAACAUAAUUCAAUCACUGGAAUUAGUAUUUAAAAUACAUAAUGUUUAUUAUGUAACAAUAGUACAUAUAGUCUAGUGUAAAUUUUUGGGAAUGUGCGUUGGACUACCUCAGAUUUAAAUAUAUAUAUAGAUAUAUUUAUAAUAUUUUUAAACACA